GCGGGUAACGCAGUAAUUUCAUCUUUCCCUACUUUUACCUUGAACACCUGCAACUUGAAUCUCGUGUCAAGUAUUCUCAUUAGGGAAACAGUCAACAGCGAGUCUACUAAUACCUAUUUUUAAAUUUGGCAAGCAUUGUGUUGCAAGUGCGACAUUACCACACGCUAGAAAAAUUAAGCAAUUUUCGGGUACCAAACUUACUUGUCUCUGCAAUUACAAACAGGUGCAAGAACAAAUUACAAUAGUCAAGACAUCGAACCAGAUAAAUUUUUUCCACAUAACCAGCGACACGAGCUUUCUCAGCCAUUUUCCUGUUCAAACCUUCGAGAACUACGCAUUUGCAAAAUGAAAAUUUUAAUCGCGUUUGUAAUCUUCAUCGUCCUAUUCGAAAGAAUAGAUUCAUAUCCUAGGGGACGUUACAAUUCUUACAGCAGACCAUCGUCGUCACGUUAUUACUAUUCUGAUUUCGAUGAUUUCAUGUCAAAUGAUGGAUAUUUAAGCGACGAUUGGUUCGACGAUAAUGAUUUUGAUGACGACUACGGUGAUUCCGGAAUUGUCUCAUGGGGCAGCGGUAAGAGUUGUCCAAGCAUCGGCCAAAUAUCCAACUGCUCCAGCAUCAGUACAUCCUGUAUAAAUGGUAAAUUAUUCAUUAAUGGAGAAGAAAUAAAAAACGUCAAGUCAACUGAUCGCAUCGACAUGAUUGACAAUAAAUUACGAGUGAAUGGUAAAUUUACUCGUAAAAUACCUAAGGCAAAAAGUAAUAACUUCAGUGGGGUAAUUAUCAACAAUGUCGGUAACAAUGAAUUCAACAAUAGUACCAUGUCAAGUGAUGAAGAAGAAUCGGAUGGAAAUGAAGAUUCAAGUGAUAACGAUAGCUCUGACGAAGAAGGAGAGGAAGAGAAUGACGACAGUGAUAAUGAUGCAGAAGACAGUGAUGCGGAAGAAGAAGAAGACGAUGACGACGAGACAAAAGACAGUGAUGAAGAGGAAGAUGAAGAUAAGGCAGAAAAUAGUGAUGGAGAGGAAGAAGAUGAUGAUGACUACGACGAGGCAAAAGAUGGCACUGACGAAGAAGAAGAUGAUGAUGAUGAUGGCGAUGAAGAAGAAAAUGAAGAAGACGACGACGAUGGCAAUGAAAAUCAAGAGGAAGAAGAAGACGAUGAUAAUGUGGAGGAGGGUGAGGAAGAAGAGGAAGAUGAUUAUGACGAUUAUUAUGAAAAACAACCACCAAGUGUAAUUAUGAAUUUCUGCAAUAAUGUGUCAACUUACACGAAGAAUGGAAGAUUUUACGUAAACGAUUACGAAUUGAAAAAUUUCAAGUCAACUGACAAAGUAUUGAUUGAACAUAAUAACCUUUAUGUGAAUGGUAAAUUUAUUCGUUAUAUUAAGCCAAAGGUAUCACAUUCGCUUUACUUUUGAUCACGCAUUAGAGUUUUUUAUUAGAAACCAUAAAAAACGACAAAUAAAGAAUAU